AUGGAGAUCACCAACGCGACGCGGACGUUGGAAAGGAAGCCGGACCUGAGCCUCGUGACCAACGAAGACUCCGUAUACGAGCAGGACAUCCUCAGGGAACCUGCUAGCAUCAAGCCAUGGCUCGCUUACAUUGACUUCAAACUUCGCCAUGGGACAAUACUGGAGCAGGCUUUCGUCAUGGAGCGUGCAUGCGCCCAACUUCCUCGAUCAUACAAGUUAUGGAAGCAGUAUCUUCAGUUUCGGACCCGCCAUGUCUCGUCCCUCAAUGCGGCCGUUUUCGCCGCAGAAUACCGCAAGGUCAAUGCCCUGUUCGAGAAGGCCCUCAUUCUUCUCAACAAGAUGCCGCGGAUAUGGGAGAUGUACCUCAAGUUCUUGACGCGCCAGCCCUCUGUCACGUUGGUCCGACGGACGUUUGAUCGCGCGCUGCGUGCGCUGCCCAUCACGCAACACAACAGGAUUUGGGCACUGUACCGGCCUUUCGCGAACUCUGCCGCGGGUCCCACGGCUGUCAAAAUCUGGCGGCGCUACAUGCAGGUACAUCCAGAGGAUGCCGAAGACUUUGUGGAGCUCCUGGUGCACACCAAGCGCUACACAGAGGCCGUCCAGAAGUGCAUAGACAUUCUGAACAACAUACAGUUCACCAGCAAGCAUGGCAAGGGUCAUUACGAGCUUUGGAGCGAUAUGGUUGAUCUGUUGGUGGAGCACGCAUCGGAGGUGCAGACGGGCUACGACACGGGCAUUGAUGCCGAUCGCAUCAUUCAAAGUGGUAUUCAUCGCUUCGCCGACCAACGUGGCAAGCUCUGGGUCGGACUGGCCACGUAUUGGAUUCGCAGAGGCAACUUUGAACGAGCUCGCGACAUCCUUGAGGAGGGCUUGACGACGGUCAUGACUGUGAGAGACUUCACCCUCAUCUUCGAUUCAUACACCGAGUUCGAGGAAUCCAUCAUCGGUGCUUUGAUGGAGAGCGCAUCGACGCGUGCCGAGAAAGGCGUUGAGGACGACGAUGCAGACUUUGAGCUGGAUAUCAGAAUGAUGCGAUUCGAGCAUCUAAUGGACCGCCGGCCAUUCCUCCUCAACGAUGUCCUCCUUCGUCAAAAUCCCCACAACAUCUCGGAAUGGGAGAAACGAGUUGCCCUAUGGGGUGACAACAUGAAGGAAGCUGUCCAGACGUACACCGAUGCCAUUGCCGCCAUCAAUCCCAAGAAGGCUGCCGGUGCGUUCCACCAGCUGUGGGCCAAUUUCGCCAAGCUCUACGAGAAAGCGGGCGAUCUUCGCAACGCUCGCGUCAUCAUGGAGAAGGCGGUCAAGGUAGCCUUCAAGUCCGUCAACGAGCUCGCGGACAUGUGGAUUGAGUGGGCGGAGAUGGAGCUGCGCAACGACAAUUUCGAUGAUGCUAUGCGCAUCAUGGCCAAGGCUGUGCAAGCGCCGAAACGGUCCAACGUGGACUACUUUGACGAGACCUUGUCGCCGCAGCAGAGAGUACACAAGAGCUGGAAGCUGUGGAGUUUCUACGUCGACCUAGUCGAGAGUGUGUCCACUCUGGAUGAGACGCGCAAGGUCUACGAGCGCAUCUUUGAGCUGCGCAUUGCUACUCCGCAGACUGUGGUCAACUAUGCGAACUUGCUGGAGGAGCACAAGUACUACGAAGAGUCAUUCAAGAUCUACGAACGCGGUCUUGACCUCUUCAGCUACCCCGUGGCAUUCGAACUAUGGAAUCUCUACCUCACCAAAGCGGUGGACCGUAAGAUCGGCAUUGAGCGGUUGCGCGACCUCUUUGAGCAGGCAGUGGAGGACUGCCCGCCAAAGUUUGCGAAGACAAUCUAUCUGAUGUACGGUAACCUGGAGGAAGAAAGAGGUCUCGCGCGGCAUGCCAUGCGCAUCUACGAGCGGGCAACGCGAGCCGUCGCCGACGAGGACCGGGCCGACAUGUUUAACUUUUACAUCACAAAGUCAGCUUCCAACUUUGGGCUCCCAUCUACGAGACCAAUCUACGAGAGAGCAAUUGGUGUUCUACCCGACAACGAGGCCAAGGAGAUGUGUCUCAAAUUCGCCGAAAUGGAGAAGAGGCUGGGCGAGAUUGACCGUGCGCGCGCCAUCUUUGGCCACGCCUCGCAAUUCUGCGAUCCUCGUACCAGCCCCGAGUUCUGGACAAAGUGGGAGCAGUUCGAGGUUCAGCACGGCAACGAGGACACGUACAAGGAAAUGCUGCGCAUCAAGCGAAGUGUGCAAGCGCAGUACAACACAGAUGUCAAUUUCAUUGCAUCGCAGGCGUUGGCACGGGGCCAGCGCGCACAAGAAGGAGCCGGGGCUACCGACGAGUCCGAUCCCAUGGGCGCGUUGGAGAAGCAGCUUCGAGCGCCCCAGGGCUUCGUCGCUGCAAGCACAUCGGUGCACGACAAGGCCAGUGCUGCCCCUGUCGCAGCACCGUCAAAUCCGGACGCAAUUGACAUUGACGGGAUGGACGAAUGA